AUGUUAGCAACGAGCUUUACGAGAGUUCCUGCCGAUUUUUAUGAGAAGGAUUGCGAAACCUUGGCAAAAGAGCUCAUCGGAAAGGUACUGGUUCAUGUAGUAAAUCAGAAGAGAGUUUCUGGUGUGAUCGUUGAAGUAGAGGCCUACCUUGGCGAUGAGGACAAGGCAUCUCAUUCCUAUCUCGGAAAACAAUCACAAAAAAACAAGAGCAUGUACUUGCCAGCAGGUCAUGUCUAUAUCUACAAAUCAUUCCGUGGACAAAAUGAUUGUUUUAAUAUCACCAGUGCAAAAAAAGAAGGAAUUGGUGCUGGAGUUCUCAUACGGGCAUUGGAGCCAGAUCUUGAGAGUUUUGACUUGAUGAAACAAAAUAGGUUGGAUAUGAAUCCUUCUCUCAAAGCAGAUAACAUUUCAAAAUACAAUGUUUCUGCAGGGCCAGCUCGAUUGUGUCAUGCGCUCAAAUUAAGCAGAGAGGAGCAUGAUGGAAUUGAUAUGAAGCACUCGGAGGAGAUCUUUUUAGAGGAAUUGAUUUCGAGCACAAGUCAUGUGGAUAAUCAUCAUCUACAUGGUCAUUCUGAAGAUGGGAAUGCUAUCGCCACAAAGCAGCAAUACUGUGGAAGUUACAAAAUCUCAGCAUGUCCCAGAAUUAACAUUGAUUAUGCAGAGGAAUGGAAAGAUAAACCUCUGCGAUUUUGUUGGCUAGAUAGAAAAGCAUAUUUGAGUUGUCAAGUUCCAACAGCUUUCAAAAACAAUUGGUUUUAUUAUCCUUAA